AUAAACAAUUUCUUACUUAAAAAAGAUCAAAAUUCAAAAUUUGUUUCCUUAGUUUCACUGUAAAUUAGCAAAAAAUCAAAUCAAUUCAAAUCUUUUACAUACACACAACGCUCCUUUUCUUCUUCUUCGUCGUCGUUUAGCCAUGGAAGAAGCCGGUUCAGCUGACAUGGCAGUGGCACCUCCAUCAUCAAGGGUUUCACUUUCACCAUUCUCUCCUGUCCGUCGACGGCGGAGGAGGCUUUCUGUUCACUUCGCCGAUCUGAGCCGGCCGGUUGUUUCUUCUGCUACGCGGCUGGCGAGGGUUUCACUCCAGGGACGUCUUGUAAAUGCCGAGGAAGCCAGCUCGGCUCGAACUGUAGGAGGCGGUUUGGGCUGCGAGGAGGCUGUGGCUUGGGAGCUAUUUAGUCCUAUUGAGAGGUUCUUGAUCGUGGCGGUGGUCGGCGUCGCAACUGCUGAGUCUAAGAAGAACUGGUUGAUAAGCCACCUAAGAAAAUCGGUCGAGCUGAGGGAUGAGGUGCUUUCAAGCAUGCAGCAGAAGGUAGACAAUCUAUGCGAACAGCUGAAUAACGGCGAAGAGAAGCCGAUAAUUGGGGCUAAAAUAGAAGUAGGAACUCCAUUGAAUGAAACUUUUGGCUCUGGGAGUAUGAAGGUUGAUGAUUGUGGUUGUUGGAUUUGCUAUCAACAUCGCGAACAAUUUAAAGGUAACUAUAUGGUGAAAAACUCUAGUGGGAGUGUGACGCCAUUGCCAAAUGAGACUGAACAAGAGGAGCGCCGCAUGUCUGAUUUGUCGGACUGGGCUUCAAGUGUCACGUCUGCAUCUGAAAUCCAGUUGAAUAAUCUUGCAAUAGAACAGGAUAUUUUCAAUCUUAAGAGGGAAUGUGAAGAGAAGGAUGCCAUCAUAAAGGAACUAAACACUUCUGUCCAAUCAACCAAUAUGGCUAGUUCGAAAAGGAUAUCGGAGUUGGAGGACAUUAUACGCAGAAAGAACACGACAAUUACUAGAUUGAAGAAGGACAUGGUGGUUCUAGAACAAAAGGUUGUCCACUUGACAAGGCUUCAGAGACCUUCCUCUUCCACCUCAAGUCCGAACUAUUGGCAAACUCCAGUCAUGACAGAUAACCUCCUUUAUGACAUGGAUAGUACUACUAGUCCUUCCUCAUCUGAUUCGGAUUGCUCACCAAAGAACCAACCACAAGCUCCGGUUCCCAAAGUUGAGGAAGUUUGUUUCCAGAACAAUGACAUUGCUUUAGACAAAGAACAAAAAUCAGCACCUGCAAAAGUUACAAGCUCUUUUACGGGACAGACCGCAUGCCGUUCGAUGCCUGAACCAGCUACUCCAUUAAGAGAAAUAUCAAUGAAUCAAAGAUCUAAACCACCAUCUUCAAGGCAAAGGCAAGUAUCAGCUAGUCAAGAUUCAAAGCGAAUUAAGAAGCAAACACGAAGUGUAUCGAAAGAUUCUACCUCGAAGAAGAGAUGGGCUUAGUUGCUGCAUUCAGUGCAUCUACAGAGGAUAUAUGCUGGAAUAUGAUUUUUGCAGUUCAAAGAUGAAUCCAAAGAUUAAAUGUGCAGGAGAUAUAUUAUUCAGGCUAGUACAUAUCUAUAUGUUCAAAAAAGAAAUGCUGUUAUAUGUUUUAAUUUUGUUAUUUGGUACAGCUAGUAUAAGUCUUUGUGAAUUUUUAAAGGUUAAUAAUGUGAUUUCAAUAUAUUUUAUGAGUA